CUUUUUCCCAUCCUCAGCACAGUGACCAAUCAAACCCGCCUGUCUGUCGUCGCCAUGGCUGCAUUCUAUUUGAUCGCCGUCUCACUCUCUGUCUUGAGUGUUGCAAUGGCCGGCUCACACAGCAGCGCCAGCAGCCGUCGCCUGACGUCCCAGGACGGCGCCGCAGACCGUCCCAUGCCUCUUGCUGCUCCGCUGCCCCUGGAAACUUCCGACUCGCACGGUCGAUGGAUGGCAACAGAGUGCUGGCCCAGGGGUGUGGAAGGCUUGACAGUGACUGUCUUGUUGUGCGUUGCGUACAGGCACCCGGGUGGGAUCCCGUGUCUCGUCACGAUUUGUGCAGCUGCACGACGAACGUACUGUACUGUACUGUACUGUACUGGCAAUCCGCGCAUCCACCGUCUCGUCUCAAGUGCUCGUGUCCAUGUGCGCUCGCAUGCUUGCAGAGCUGAAAAAGACGAAGCCGCCCCCGCCACUGCCGCCCGGUGAGUGCAGGGGAGACGCCGACUGCACGAAGCCCGACCUCUGCUUCAAGAAGAUGACCCACACGGGGCGCACCGAAGCGCAGGGCAAAUGCAAGAAAGAGGGCGACUCUCAGGACCACUGGUAUGUUCGGCACAUUAUGUUACAAAGGCAGACAGACACAAAGGCAGACAGACAGACAGACAGACCACUCAGACAGACAGGCGCUCAGCGAAUUGAUCUCGCUCUCUGAGUGGUCUGUCUGUCUGUCUGUCUGUCUGCAGCACUAAGAAAAGCAGCGACAGGCCUUGCAAAAAGGGGCUGUCGUGCCAGCAAGUUGGAUGGGGUAUCGCCUGUAAGCCUGUGUAAGCCAUAGUUGUGGUCUUGCCCACAUGUUGUUUGAGGGUAAAAGCAUGGCUGGACGCUUCCUUGACUGGCAUCGAUCAGCGCGUCACCAAAGACGCGUCUCUGUCUAUAGGGCGUGCAUAAACAUACACUCACUUGGUCAACGCGCGGAACGUAAAAAAACUACAG